AUGAAUUUAUCCCUCUCAAUCCCAACUUCUAUCCUCAAUGGGCUAACAGAAAAGGCAGUAGUGGGGAAACUUCAGUGGGGAAUGGCAUACAAAGGAUACCUGGUACUUGUAGAUGAUUCUAUGAACAUGCACCUUGCAAACACAGAAGAAUACAUAGAUGGAGCACUGUCUGCACAUUUGAGUGAGGUUCUUAUAAGGCGUAAUGUCUUUCACAUCAGGGGUAUUGAAGAAGAGGGGAAAUGA